AUGUCGUUCCUCUUUGGUCGUCGUCGUGCUCAAUCCGAGGCACCCUGUCCUAACGAAAGACCGUCAGUGCAACGCCGGAUUCCCUCUGGUCGCCACAUAGAUGAUCAUUCUGAGAAGGGGAUACGAGGUCUCUUUCGCAGACACAGUGGUAGCUUGCCGCCGCUGAAUAUACCAGCGCAUGAUGAAGUACACCAGAAGAAAGAGGAACCACCUACUACGAAAACGGCUGGUGAUCAACGACACACUGGAAAAGAUGCGACUAAAACUUCUCCUCGAAGCUCUUCCCGGGGCGAGUCCCCAACAGCCGGAGAGCAUUGCGAGCCAAAGCAACCUGGAAAUAUACAAGAUCUUCUUGAGUACAGAUUAGACAUGGCGAGCAAACCACACGAUAGCUCAUCAGGCAAUACGUCUAAAACAUCAGAGGACUGUACACUCACGAAGAACGAAGUCAAGGCGAUGCUCUCCGGGGCGCCUCAUUUUCUUCUGGAAAGAGGCAAACACAAAAGAUACUAUCCCCAAGUGAUCUUUCCAUGGGACGAACAAAAUUCAGUGGUCCAACAUAUGUGGGAUCGCAAGCCAUUACCACAUGCAUCUUUCACUUUGAGCACACUGCACGCUCAUCUACCGGUCCCAGACGAUUGGGCCGUCAAAGGGGGCGUUCCCAUUCAGGUAAACGACUGGCGCCGAACAGGCGCCACAAACAGAGCAACAUUCGACAUCGGUAUCUUCGAAGUGCCCAACAUGCUAUCCAACAAUGGAAAGGAGCCCGGCACUGUUGGCUUUCGACAUUUCCUGGAGCUGCCUGUAUCCGACGCUGUUCGAUUCACCGGACCCGAGGAACCCAAACGGCCCGAAUAUAUGCGCCAGUUAUCCACCAUGGGGGCCACAGAAGCUUUCGAGCUGAUGGAAGGCUACAAUAAACCCUAUUCCCAGUGCCAGAGUGGUGCAGUGUUUGAUCGGCACCGACUGAUUUCCGAGGGGCCUGAAGCCUGGAAGCGCAUUGGUGUACGCGACAUCAAUCUUCGAUCUCUCGUGCAAAGAUUAGAAUAUUUGCGCCAGUUCCGGGAAGAGAUGCUCCGUGCUGGUUCGACCAAGACAAUUCUAGACAUCGAGAGCCCCCGCCAGCUACAUGAGUCAUUGCACACUCGCUUCCUCCAUCCCCAUCCUCCCCCGGCCGACAUUCUGGCCGGUCACCCUGAAAGCAUCAAGUCGCAAAUCAAGACACUCGCGGUUGUGUUGGCUACACCCGGCGCGUGGAUAAAUUUCAGUUUACCCGAAUGGCGUUUCCGGGCCGGACAGGUCCUCUGGGAGGUGUCACAGCAUGGAGACGGGGAUUGUCUCACGCCCAGCUCAGCCAAGACAGGAUCGAGUGAGGAUUUAGUCAAGUCUGGCAUGGAGCGGAAGUGGCUUUUGAUCCAGCUGCUUCUUUCCGCAGAAUUGCUUCUUCGUUUGGAUGCGUUUGUGCGAGUUGAUAUGCUGCAUGAUCCACAUGGUGGCAACAUCACUGUACAGGAGCUCCGCCAGUUCGAGAAGCUGCGAGAAGGCAAGGUGAAUUGGGAUCUGGUUGUUGUGCGUCGGUUUUUGAACAGUCUUGAUAUAUCCUGUCCCUUGCCACCAUCACCAAAGCCUUCGACUCCCAAAUCGCCAGAUAAAAGUCAUCGGUUUGCGUUCCUCGAGGCAAUCACCCGACGGAGCUCGUUCCCCGUCGGGGACUUGCAGUCUGCUUGGGACUGUCAGCUGAGUUCGUCGCACGUACGACAGCAGCUCGAGGGACUGUAUGUUUUUGCGGAAAACAUUGGAUGGCCCAGAAUUGCUGAAUUGAAAACGGCCAUGGAACUCAAACUUGGAGAUUCCGUGACCCCGGUUCUGCCGCCUUUAGUAGUCGAUGACAGGUGGGGUCAGGAAAACACUUCCAAAGACCCAUUACUGGCCAGGGCAGAUAUGUAUACGCGAGAUCCCUGUCGCCGGCGCGUGAAGCUUGAUGGUUCGGGUUACACGCAGCCUCAGUCUCUGGGAUGGAUCUCUCGCACAUGGCUCUCUGGAUUUGUGAUUCCGGGAGAGAGUAUUAGCCAUCUUUUGAUGGCAACGAUCUUGGAAAACGACGUCGAGGUCUUAGAUCAGCUGGGUACAACGGCCAGUCUGUAUGGAGGAUUCACUCUUAACCAACGGAGUUGGUGGAGCAAAUCCUGCGUUGUUGGGCGCGUCUUAUCCAGUUCCUCUGGAGCUAGGACAUGCAUGGGGUGGAUUGGCAGUGACAUCGUCCCUAGCCAUACGACUACACUGGAAAAAAUCAAGAAUGGUUGGUUUGAGCUAGCUGUCGAAGACGUCCAAGGGUGUUCGAGCAAACCUCGGAUCAAACAAGGAGCAAAGCUUGCCUUGGAGUCUUCUCCAUUGGGCACAGCAGACAUCACAGCAGCAGCCUUUACGCUCCCCAGAGACCCGGAGUCAAGCCCAACAGCCAGGGUGACACUGGAAUCAUUGACACUCUCACCAAGCGACCAACAAAAACCCACCGAGAAAAGAGUACUAUUUGCCAACGAGGCAUCUAUGUCGUUCUCUAUUGCAAGUCCCGGAAAAGAGCCAGUCACGGUUCCAUUUCCCCUGAAAUACAACGUGCGCUUUGUUUCCGCCCACCAGUGCUGUCCGCCGCUGGGCGUCAAGCGAACCGACGAUCAGAAUGAAUCGCACGCAUCCACAAGACCGAAGUAUACAAGAUUGACCGGACAUCCUUUGCACCAGUCAUAUCCAUACCAGUAUGUGGCAUUGGAGACCCUCUCCACUACCUCGGCACCCCCAACAUCACAAGCCACCGAGACAUUUCCGGAAAUUAUGGUCAUUGAUGCGCGCGGCGACCGAGACCGAGAGACCUUUGCUCGGGCGUGGUGCGCUUCUGUUGGAUGUCAUGCGAUCAUCGGUAGGAGUGGGCGGACGUGUGUCGCGUGUUGUAUCAGACAGGCCAGGGCUGUUGAAGUACGAGUGGUAGUGCGCAUAAGCGAUUAA